AGGCGGGCCGGGGGGCCCCUGCACCUUUCUGCGCCUAUUCCUGCCCUGCGCAUCGCCCCACUACGCUCCCCACCACUCCUCUGGCGGUCGCAGUCCUCCUCACGCCCCCGGGGGACUGGGCUCUGCGGCCACCAGAGACACCGCAGAAGCCACUUCUCUUUGCGGGCCUGGCCCACCGAGAGCCUGGGAGCGGGAUCUAUUUAUUCGGGGUAUUAAUUAGUCUCUGAGGAAUCGAUCAGCCACGUGCCAAUGUAAUUGCCCGUGUCGGGAAGGUAGGCGCCGCAAGCGGCAGACCUACGGAGAAAGCACCACCUCGUCGGCGUCCCGAACCCCGGCGUGCUCCAGCGCGUCCCCCAGUGGCCGGGCAGGACCAUGCACAGGGCCAGAGUCUCCUCUCCGGAGUAGCUCCCUGGCUUCCCAAUGUUGCGGUAGGCGUGCAGCUGCUCCGUGCGCCAGGAACCUCCAGGUCUUGCCACCCCACCCCUUCCUCAGAAACUCAGACCGUUAGCGCUUGCCGUGUGGUUUUUUUUUUUUUUUUUCUCUGAAAAGCCAGUGUUUUAUCUCUCGAGUUCGGGUCCCUAGGACUUGCCCAGUCUCCUCCCCUUAAGUCAUUUCUACCUUCCUUCGGCAGCCUCGGAAAGCAAGGAGCCCGGGACUGCUCGUCCCAGAGCCAGAGCUGGCGGUCCCAGUCCGUCCAGCGCAUUCGCUUCUCUCCCUCCCUCUCUUACUCCCUCCCUUUCUCUCUUCCUCUCUUUUCUCCUCCGCUUCCCCCUCCCUCUCUUGCCUCUUAAGUUUCCUGCACCGUGAAUCCAACUGUGCCAAGCCUAGGCUCCCACGGAACCAAGCCUGAGCGCGACCCGGGCGCUGGGACGCCGACUCCGCCGAGGCUGGACGAGGCAGCGGGACCGGUCCGCGCCCAAGCAUGGAGAUGAAGCGCCAGGGAGGGCAUGUCCGGGGUGCCGGAGACGCCAGGCCCGAGUAGCUCCUCCAUGGAGCCUGUACAGAGCGGUCCCUGCUCGCCGGUUUCGCCCCUAGUCCUGUGCGGCUGCUGAGAGCGCUCCUUGCUCUGUAAAGUGGAUGUCAGGUGGAUCUAUGUUUUUGAAGGAACAAAGACUCAGCGAAAGCACCGCCGAGGAAGUUUGAGACGCGGGAGGAUGCAGGCUGCGUGCUGGUACGUGCUUCUCCUCCUGCAGCCCGCCGUCUACUUGGUCACAUGUGCCAAUUUAACGAAUGGUGGAAAGUCAGAACUUCUAAAAUCAGGAAGCAGCAAAUCCACACUAAAGCACAUAUGGACAGAAAGCAGCAAAGACUUGUCUAUCAGCCGACUCCUGUCACAGACUUUUCGUGGCAAAGAAAAUGAUACAGAUUUAGACCUGCGAUAUGACACCCCAGAACCUUAUUCUGAGCAAGACCUUUGGGACUGGCUGAGGAACUCCACAGACCUUCAAGAGCCUCGGCCCAGGGCCAAGCGAAGGCCCAUUGUUAAGACGGGCAAGUUUAAGAAAAUGUUUGGAUGGGGUGAUUUUCAUUCCAACAUCAAAACAGUGAAGCUAAACCUGUUGAUAACUGGGAAAAUUGUAGAUCACGGCAAUGGGACAUUUAGUGUUUAUUUCAGGCAUAAUUCCACUGGUCAAGGGAAUGUGUCUGUCAGCUUGGUGCCCCCUACAAAAAUAGUGGAAUUCGACUUGGCACAACAAACCGUGAUUGAUGCCAAAGAUUCCAAGUCCUUUAACUGUCGCAUUGAGUAUGAAAAGGUUGACAAGGCUACCAAGAACACACUCUGCAACUAUGAUCCUUCAAAAACCUGUUACCAGGAGCAGACCCAAAGUCAUGUAUCCUGGCUCUGCUCCAAGCCCUUUAAGGUGAUCUGUAUUUACAUUUCCUUUUAUAGUACAGAUUAUAAACUAGUACAGAAAGUGUGCCCCGACUACAACUACCACAGCGACACACCUUACUUCCCUUCUGGAUGAGGAUGAACAUGGGUGAGACUGAAGCCUGAGGAAUUAAAGGUCAAUAUGACAGGGCUGUUACCUCAAAGAAGAAGGUCACAUCUGUUGCCUGGAAUGUGUCUACACUGCUGCUCUCGUCAACUGGCUGCAAAUAUGCUAGUGGAAAACAAUCUGAUGUAAUUUCUGCCCAGUCAGCUUCAUCUCUUGGUAUAGUUGUAAAUCACCAUAGAUUUUAAAGGCACACUUGAAGACAUGCUCUCAUACAUAGAUGUACACAAACACACAUUCAUAUACAUUUCAGCUUGCAUCUGUCAUGAUUCCUGUCAAGAGGGCUUUCAUUGUCUGACUCAUAAUGGUUUAGGAUAAACUAUCAUCAAAUGAAAGGAUUAACUAGACAGUGAAUGGUUUCUAACACUUGUGGUUAUGGAAAUCUCUUUUAAAGUCUUGAGUACAUGCUCAUCAGUAAUCCUCAUUCAUGUAUUCCUACUGCUUGGAGUAGCUGUACUGGUAAAUACUACUGUAGGAGUAUAUGCUUGUUAAAAUGGAAAAAAAAAUGUGUCUUUAGAGUUCAGUAUUCUUUCUUUUAUGAACACAACAAAAUGUAGUAACUUUUUUCCAGCAUACAGUAGGCACAUUCAAGGUUACGUAAGAUGGCUCUUUUUUCUAUGGAGGGAGGCUGUUUUCAGUAAAGAUGAGCAAACAUUUGGAAUUUACAUGUGGGCAGACAUUGGAUUACAGCUUUCAUCACCAGUCAUUGGACUUUCUCAAAGUUGAGACCAGCUAAGGCUGAUUAAAACAAGUUCUGAUCAUUAUAUAAGAAGGGAAAUGCCUGACAGACACCAUGUAAGUUAUAAGUGUCUGUCUUAUCUUUACUACACAUAUUGUAACAAAUUCAAUAUCCUAGUCUUCAUUUGUAUGAAUGGUUUGUAUUGUACAUAGUUUAACCAAGUGUUAUUUGAGCUGCUUAUUAAUAUUAACUUGUACUUGUCUCUGCUUGUUAUUGGUUAAAAAAGAAAAAAAAAAGGAUAUGAGGAAUCCAUUUUAUCAAUGUAGCUGUGACCUCCAUUAAAAAGACAAACUUAAUGUACAAAGCAUUUAUUCAGCUCAAGUAUUGUUGAAAGCUAAACAUAUACAACAUUACAGUCUGUCUGUAUUUAGAUAUUUUAUUUCUGGACAAAAUGAAAUGUACAUAAAAAUAAAAUGCUUAAAGUUGAGUUUCAA